CAGCCUUUCACCUACUCAGACUUCACCAGAUAUGGCACAGCCUUGCAUCUCGAUUUGUGUGGACAAACUCAGCUGUGCCAUCUGCUUGGACUUUCUCAGUGACCCGGCAACUAUCCCCUGUGGGCACAGUUUCUGCAUUGUUUGUAUCCAGGAGUUCUGGGAUGUGGAAGCUAUGUUUGAGCGUACCUGUUGUCCUACAUGCAGUCACACUUUCCCUUCCAAACCUAUCUUGUUCAAGAACCUCACCCUGGCGGAGCUGGUGAGGGCUUUGGAGGGCUAUUCCGCGUCUGGAUCCGAGGCAGCUGCUCAGGGGAAGAGGGGAGCAGCUUUUGCCAGUCCAGCUAACGGAGAUGUCCAUCCCCCAAAGAGGUCCACCACCAGUACAUCUGAAGCCCAGGAUUUCAGGGCAUGUCAGAAACACGACAGACUGAUGGAGGUUUACUGUUGCAAAGAAGAGCAGUGCAUCUGCACUCUGUGUGCUGCCGUCGACCACAGAGGGCACACUGUCGUGCCAGUGAACGACCAACGGAUGCAGAAACAGGAAAAGCUGGCAGACAUAACAAAGUCAUGUGACAGGAUGAUUCAGAGAGGAGAGAAGGAACUGGAGCACUUGAAGAAGACUGUGCGGCAGACUGAGGAGAGGGGCCAGGCUGAGGAGGAGCACUGUGAGGGGAUCUUCGCUGGCCUGGUUGACUCUAUCCAGAGGCACGUCUCCACCGUGAUGAACCUGAUCAGGGCCCAGGAGAAGGCUGUCCAGGGGCAGGCUCAGACCUCCCUGAAGGAACUGGUGCUGUGGUUGGCUGUGCUGAGAAGGCGACAUGCUGAGCUGGAGCAGUUCUCUCACACACAAGAUGACAUCCAAUUCCUCCAGAGAUGGUCCUCACUGGCCACCGGUCCUGAGGCCAGGGACUGGCCCUCGGUUCCAGUCAGUGCUCCAUUUGAGGCCAUGAGAGCAGCUGUGGAGGAGAUUGGAGGGAGACUGGAAGCUUUUUUCAACAAGGAAAUCAACACUCUCUCACAAAUGGAUUAUGGGGUGGAUUCUGAGAUGACAGUAGGAGAAUCUACGACCACAGUUGACAGAUUUCCUGAUGUUCCUGAAAUCCUGCCUGCUCCAGCUGCCCAGACACGAGAGCCAAGAACCAGAUCUGAAUUCUUACAGUGCGCCUGUGAGCUCACUCUGGACUCUGACACUGCCCAUAAAGACCUGUUCCUCUCCACCAACAACAAGAUGGUGACAUGUGAUCCUAAAAAGGUGAAGAACUCGGUCCCUGUGCCCUAUAAAGCUGACCGCUUUGCACGCCGCCGCCAGGUGCUCUGCAAAGAAGGCCUGGAGGGGGAGCACUGUUACUUUGAGGUGGAGGUGGACGGAGAGAAGGCUGAGAUCGCUUUAACGUACAAAGGACUCGAUAGAGGGUCGCUCAGCCCAUCGUCUGCCUUAGGAGGCAAUAAGGUGUCCUGGAGCCUGGACCGUUCUAAAACGUAUUCCGUGAGCCACAAAGCCAAUAGUGUUCGACUCAUAGCAACUCCCGACAGUCGCAAAAUAGGGGUUUACAUCAAAUUCAAGGAAGGCACGUUGUCAUUUUAUGAGGUUUCCGAAAACACUAUGAAGUUACUUUAUAAGACUGUGACAACAUUCAGUGAGCCCCUCUAUCCAGGAUUCUGGCUCGGGGAUAUGUGUACUAUUAAAUUAUGUGAUCUGAAAAAUGAGUGAAUACCACCCUCUCUGUCCCCUACAACAAGCUUAUUUUGUGUCUGAAAGCCACGCCUACUGUUAGAACAAUGGCCUAUCCUGCUUCUCCUGCUCCCUGAUCUUUCAUGGCCACCAUCACAUUCUGAACACCAAACUGCCAACAAGUCCUUCUUGCUGCAAGAAUAAACAGAUAAAGACAAGUUCUUCUGACCUCAGACCUUAUAAUCGCAAAAGUUCCACCACAACUACUUUUCCAGUAGAUAGUUUUGUAUGUUGCAUCUUUCCUGUAACUUUUAUGUUCACAUAUCUUAUUCUUUAAGAUCAUAAUAAAAUGAUUCCUUGUCUAC